ACUCCACCGACAAAAUCUACAAGUCUAGAUACUGCUUUGUAUCAGCUGAUCAGUGAAAAAGACGUAAGGAACCGAAGAGGUCAUCAAGGUCGCCUAGAGACCUGGGAGGGUUACUCUCUGACGAGCGUCAAACAAGAUGACGGACAAGAUGGCAAAGUACCGGACGGAGAUCCAGCAGAUGAUGUAUGUGUCUGGAGAGACAGCCGAAGCAUCACCCGAAACUACAGGCAUGAUUGAAGAAAUUGUGCGCCAGCAGGUCAUUGAAAUGCUUCGACAAUGUACUGAGCAAGCAUCGCGGCGAGGCAGUAGGUCAAUAUCUACCGACGACCUCAUUUUCCUCAUCCGGCACGAUCAAGCUAAGGUAUCCCGACUUCGAACCUUUCUUUCCUGGAAGGACGUUCGUAAGAACGUGAAAGAUUCUGAUGACAAGGGUGGCGAUGCUGACAUUGGGCCUACUGAUGACCCUGCUGGUGCGGUCCCUGGAGGCCCAGUUGUCGAUACCGCAAAAAAGAACAAGAAAGCGAAAGUAGGACUUCCUUGGGAAGUUCCGUCUUUCUACAACCAAGAGGUACCCGAGAGAGAAGAAGAGGAAGAUGAGGACGAAGAAGAGAUGAACUACGCUACCCUUCAACGCCUUAAGAAGGCCGAUGAACGCACCAAGAUCAUGACGAAGGAGGAAUACGUGACCUGGUCCGAAUAUCGACAAGCUUCUUUCACUUUUCGCAAAGGCAAAAGAUUCAAGGAGUGGGCUGGCUUCGGAGUUGUCACUGAUUCGAAACCCAACGAUGAUAUCGUGGAUAUUCUUGGAUUCCUGACGUUCGAAAUCGUCCAGACUCUGACCGAAGAGGCACUGAAAAUCAAAGAGGGAGAAGACUUGGUUAAGGAUAAGUCCGGCGGUGAACAAGCAGGCAAGAAACGAAAAAUCCAGGGCUUGUUCGAUCCGCCAUCCGAAGGACGCACACCUGUCGAGCCUCGUCACAUCCAAGAGGCAUUUCGGAGGCUGCAGCAGCGCCCAAAUAAACAGCGGGCAAUGUGCAACUUCACUCGAGGCUUAAACCGGACCCCUUUGAAACUUUUCUGAUUACGUUGUGGCCUGCUUUUUGGCCCUGGGGUGGGCGUUCUAUGCGGAAUAAGAUUCUGUGAUUUGCACGCAUCAGGAUAAGGCGUUUAGUCAUCAUGAUACCAGGAUUUUGCGGACAUAGCUCGGCUAUACCAUUUGUGUUACCCAGAUAACUGUUUACGAUGCAUGCAUUCAAUGCUGGUUUUGAGAUCUGAUCCUGGUCUGCAUUUACAUUUGCAUCACCUAUAUCCCUAUAUCCCGAUACCCCUGCUCACAGCUCUUGUACGAAGAAGCCUUCCUGAUUGGCCGCUUUUGAGUGAAUCAGAUGGAAAUUUUCCUGUCUCCCCCAAACCCAGUCCCACUGAUC